AUGCCGUCCCUCGGUUUCCUCAAGAAGAAGCGGACAAAGGAACAACCCACGGCGCCCGACAGGUUCCCGGGCAACAAGUCUGCAGGCCCUUCGUCUCCCACCAGCCCGACGGUCGAUGGUGGUGCGAUCGAUCGCGUCCUGACCAAGAAUAGCGCUCUUAACAAGGGCCCCGACUCCAUCGGCGCCGACCCCGACACCGUCGCUCCCACCAGCAACGCCAGCCCGGCUCACGCCCCCACCGUGCAAAGCAUGCUCAACACCAACCCCUCGUCGCAGAACGACUCUGGCUACAGCAGCCAUGAUGGCAGCGUGCAGCAAGGCGGUGCCACCAGCGACCCCAAGGCCACGCAAAACGCCACGCGCGAGACCAAGGGCAAAUACACGCUGACGGACUUCAACAUCCAACGCACCCUCGGCACCGGCUCGUUCGGCCGGGUGCAUCUGGUGCAGAGCAAGCACAACCAGCGCUUCUACGCCGUCAAGGUGCUGAAGAAGGCACAGGUGGUCAAGAUGAAGCAGGUCGAGCACACCAACGACGAGCGGCGAAUGUUGCAGCGGUGCAAGCAUCCCUUCCUGGUGACGCUGUGGGGCACCUGGCAAGACAGCAAGAACCUGUACAUGGUCAUGGAUUUCAUCGAAGGUGGUGAGCUGUUCAGUCUGCUGAGGAAGUCACAACGCUUCCCCAACCCCGUUGCCAAAUUCUACGCGGCCGAAGUGACCCUGGCGCUGGAUUACCUGCACAGCAUGAACAUCAUCUAUCGCGAUCUCAAGCCCGAGAACCUGCUCCUCGACCGACAUGGCCACAUCAAAAUCACCGAUUUCGGCUUUGCCAAGGACGUGCCUGACAUCACCUGGACGCUGUGCGGCACGCCGGACUACCUCGCUCCGGAAGUUGUUAGCAGCAAGGGAUACAACAAGAGCGUCGACUGGUGGUCCCUCGGCAUCCUCAUCUUCGAAAUGCUCGCGGGCUUCACACCCUUCUGGGAUAGCGGCAGCCCGUUGAAGAUCUACGAAAACAUCCUCAAGGGCCGCGUCAAGUAUCCGCCCUACAUCCACCCAGACGCGGUGGAUCUGCUGUCGAAGCUCAUCACCGCCGACCUCACCAAGCGCCUCGGCAACCUGCACGGCGGCUCGCGGGACGUCAUGACGCACAACUGGUUCGCCGAGGUGACGUGGGAGCGGCUGGCGAAGAAGGACAUCGAUGCGCCGUACGUACCGCCGGUCAAAGGGGGUGCAGGUGAUGCGAGCUUGUUCGACAAGUAUCCCGAGGAGACGGAGGCGUAUGGCAAUACGGGGCCGGAUGAGCACGGCAAAUUGUUCCCCGACUUCUAA